AUCCAAAAAAACGAGACGCUAGUGAUGGCGCAGGCCGUGGAGAACUUGGUCAAGAUUGUCGGCCGGGCGUUCUAUGCAGAUGAGCAUGUUGUCGUGCUAGAGGCUUUGAUUCGAGAAAAGUACCUCAAGGACGAUGAAAUGGGGAACGCAGUGAACUUGCAGACGAAGCAAGUGCGCAAGAUAUGCCACGACCUCGAAGCCGAUCACCUGGUGUCGAGGUGACGGACGCGCUCAAACUACUACCUACGUAUGUAACCUCGUGCUCAUGCAUCAACGACGACCACAGGGAGGAACUGAACGACAAAAAGAUGGGCGGGGCGUCCAAAGCCACGUAUUGGUACAUCGACUACAAGUACUUUGUGGACGUGGUGCGGUAUCGCUUGUACCUUAUCCGGACGUACUUGAUGGAAGCCGAGUCGUUGGAGAUCGAACGACAAACGUAUCGGUGCGACAAUGACGACUGCGGACGAGAGUACACGGCGCUGGAGGCGCAAAAGCUGCUCACGCCCGAGAUCCACGAGUUCUUUUGCGGCCAUUGCAACUCGAAACUGCUCGAAUGCGACAACAACGAACGGCUGCAAAGUGCCCAAAGUCUUUUGAAAAAGUACACGGCUCAAGUGAACCGAGCGGAAGACCUGCAUGACAGCAUCAACGAAUGCUUGAAGAAGAUUCAGGAGUUUCUCAACUCUGGCCAAGCACUUCCUUCCAACUUGCCGAGCGAGAAUCGAGCCGCGGGGCGAGGGGGGGACAGCGUUCGCGUGCCUGCGGGUCGGGGCGGCGGGGCGGGCGGGGGCGGCGGUGGUGGCGGCAACAACCGAGCCAACGAGCCUCAAAUGUCCCUCUUGUAUGGCAACAGAGCCCCGGAAGUGGUCGUGUCGAUUUCCACCGAGAACAAACCGCGCAACGAAGUCAAGUUGGAGCCGACGUCGGCGGUGAAGGCGCUGCCAGCGCACUUGCAAGGCAGCAAAAUGAGCAACGACAUGGCAUCCAAGUACAAGCAAAACAACGUGGCGCCGCCCGCGUCAGUGUUUGGCACGAGUCAGCUGCAUGUAAAGGACGACGAUCCGUCCGCCGGCCGUCGCUUGGACGAUGAGGAUGAUGCGAUGAAGGCGGAAAUCAUCCUGGAUGAGCACUCGGGCGGAGGCCAGACAACGACGACAACGACUAGCCAUGGAUGGAACGACUAUGGUGUCGACAUGGACGACGACGGGUUUGACAUGGACUGGGAAAACUGCGACACGAGCCAGGAAGAUUACGUCGACCCGCAUUACGUCCACGAACUCGUGACUGUUCAAGGGUUCAAGCACGAGUUGCUCAACGUGACCGACGCCGACAUUGAACGUAUGACGCAGCACGAAUAUGUGGACUACUACCACAAGUGCAAACUCGUGCGCAGCCGGCUUGGCCAACAGCGGCAGUAUGCCUAACUCAUGGUACUCUGUCGCAGAUUUGUUAAGAGUUUUUAACUGGUAAAGCCACUCUGAUGGUUGGGGGGGGGGAAUUGGGGGGGAUUGUCGAUUAGUAGUUGAUAGCAGCCCUUCUUUCUAAUCCAGUAGUCAUUGCUGCAUACGGAAACGGUCGAGUUAGUCACUGUCUUCUUCGCUGACGUCGGGACUGCCCACGUCGUCAUCUUGGGCGUCCUUGACGUGGUGGCCACCGUGGCCCACCAUUCCGUUCAAUCGUUCGUCGUAAAUGCCCCCUAACCAGUACACCACCCAAGUCAAUACAAAUAUAUGGAGAUAGAUAUGUCGAUA